GGUCAUUGGGAUAAAAAUAAUGUUUGCUCUUACGCUUAAACCAAACCUAAAUGUAUGCAAUAAUUGUGUGUGUACAGAAGCGCGCGUCCGUGCUUUAAAUAAUUUGUUCGCGCUCCACGUGUGCGAGCGUACUCUCUCACGCGCUUUCGCGCGUGCAUUCACCAAUGAGAGCGCGCAUUCUCUAAGAAAGUAGUAAAACUCAGUCUCAGGAUUAAUGGGUUUCCUCGAACGUGGCUAUUGGUUUAUCUUAUGCACACACUCGAUCAGUGGGAAGAUCUUCAGUGAAUGACCAGUCAAACAAUAAAGGACGGACAGCAGACGGACUCACUGCCACACUGUUUCAGGUAUUGGCUAUACUUCUAAUCUACGGAGCAGUGGGCAAACUGACCACAAAUGCGUAAAUAAAGUAGCCCAUCCCCGUGAGUAAGGCGUUCCUCUUGGACUUUUUUCGAUCAAUCACACAGACAGUGGCUUCUUUUGAUUAAACCCCAAAUUGUCAUUGGACAGAGGUAAUCAUGUGACAAGCAAUACGGUCCAAUUUCAACCUUGUCUCCAUGAAAGCAAUAGUUUAAUGGCACCGCGGUCCCCAUACGGCCGUAAUCAGCAAAAUAGAUUUUUUUUGUACCCGGCACGAUAUUUCAUUAUAUCUUCUUGGGUCACAAAUUUGUGAGCGGCGAAUUUGCAAGACUUGGAGGAGAUGAAUUACGAAUUCGAGCGAGAGACGGGUUUUAUCAAUAGUCAGCCGUCGCUCGCUGAGUGCCUGACAUCUUUUCCCCCUGUCGGUGAUGCAUUUCAAAGUUCAUCAAUCAAGAGCUCGACGCUUUCACACUCGACACUGAUUCCUCCUCCUUUUGAGCAGACCAUUCCAAGCUUGAACCCCGGCAGCCACCCUCGCCACAGCCGGCCCAAGCAGAACCCCAAUGGCUUAUGCCCGCUGCCUGCUGCAUCCCUACCCCCAGAGUACCCUUGGAUGAAGGAGAAAAAAGCAUCCAAGAAAAACCAGACAACUUCGACAGCAACCACCACCGACCCUGGUCCACUGUACUUCUCCCCUCAAGGCUCGCCCGAGAUUUCUGAUGGUGGCAAUGGGGCAACUCGGCGACUCAGAACGGCGUACACCAAUACUCAGCUGCUGGAGCUGGAGAAGGAGUUUCACUUCAACAAGUACCUCUGCCGGCCACGGCGAGUGGAGAUUGCCGCGCUGCUGGACCUUACCGAGAGGCAAGUCAAAGUAUGGUUUCAAAACCGGAGAAUGAAACACAAACGGCAAACGCAAUGUAAAGAAAACCAUCACGGUGAGGGGAAACCACCAAGUCUGGAGGAGGCAGGAGGACGGGGUGAUGGGAAAUGUUUUUACGAACAAGUGGCAAACAAUGUAUCUGGGGCGCUUUUGGAAAGAGAGAGUUAUCCAUUUCAGCAGAAUACCUUAAGUUCUCAACAGUCACAGAAUGGACACAAUAGUGAUUCCCAAAGCACAACUGCUUCGCCUUUAGGUAGCAAUGACAAACAUCUGAAACAUUUUCCCAACCCGUCACCCACUGUUCCUAUCUGCGCCUCAACAAUGGCCCCGGAUUGUGCAUCUGGUCAGGACAAUGGCAGUCCCUCGGCCCUGGACGUCUCUUUACAGGACUUUAACGUUUUCUCCAAUGAUUCCUGCCUGCACCUCUCAGAUGCUGGGUCCCCAAGUUUGUCAGAGUCUGCAGACAGCCCCAUUGGUUUGUCCACGGAGGCCUUUGAUUUCUUCUCGGAGACGCUUACAACAAUCGACCUGCAACACUUGAGCUACUAACUCUAACUGAAGUUUCAUUAUAGGGACGUCAAUAUCUUUCUCACAUUGAUGGUCUGUGUGUUUAAUUGUGACAUUAAAAUAGGCUAGACCAUUAAUCAAUGAGGUAAGUUUUUUCAAUAAUCGAGUGAUCCGUUUUGUUUACGAAGAAAAUAUGGCAGGAAAAAAAGUGAUAUUUUUCACGUUUUAUUUUUGUAUCUCUCAAAGCGCCAUAUUUUCAU